AUGGGUGUUUCCAUUUGCAUAUAUGUAUUCAAAUACAUUAAAAGCUAUAAUACAACUAUUAAUCAGAAGGACGGAAUUUUGGUGGAUGGAAAAUUUGGUAUUAGUGAUACAUCACCAUUUUUUGUGUGGGAAAAUAAAAACUAUAGCCAGGAAAUAUCAGAAUUAUUAAAUGGAGAAGAAGUAACUAUAAAAGCAUAUAUAAAAGAAAGUGACCGUAAUAAAAGUGCAAUUAAGUUUGAUAAAAUAGAAAUCAGAUUUAAAUCAAUAGAUAAUGGAAUGCAAAAUGAAAUUGAUAGCGAGCUUAAAAACUUUGACGUUACGAUGAUUCAUCUAGGCAACUCAUAUUAUAGAUAUGGUGAUAAGUUUUAUGUAAUAAGAAAUGAUCAAGCUAUUGAAAUUUAUUAUAGUUUUAAGAAAGAUAAAGAAGUAUAUAAGAAAAUUAAUAUGAGUGACAUAAUGCUUAGCCCUUAUACUAUGUGGAAAAUAAAGCUUAAAUCCAAUAGUGUUGAUUUUAGUAGACUAAAGGCAUAUAAAGAUAAGGUGGACCUAGAAUUGAUAGGACAUGGAACAUAUGUUCAUAGCGACGACAUAAACAAAAAUUACUACCAAGAAUUAUUAACAG